AUGAAUUUAUCGAGUGCCAUCAUUUUACUGAGCGUGUUAAGUAUUUUACAUAUAAGCAAGGCAGAUAACGACACUGAUUCGUUCUUUACCACAGUCUCAGAAGCGACUUUAUCUGAAGAUGGGAAGCUUGAUUUUCCUCAGUUGGCGACCAAAUACGGACUGUCCGUCGAACAAUAUGACGUGACCACUGAAGAUGGCUACAUCCUUACGAUCUUCCACGUCGCAAAAGACCUUAAUGCCACUAACACUCCUAUACUGCUAUUCCAUGGAAUAAUCGAUUCCUGCUAUACGUUUAUGCUAAGAGGAAACACCUCAUGGGUUUACACUUUGGCUGAGGCCGGCUACGGAGUUUGGGUCGGCAAUAACAGAGGUAACUUGUACGGCCGAAAACAUGUCACACUAAAUCCUGACAAAGAUGAGGAGUUCUGGGAGUACAGCUUUCAUGACAUCGGUUACUACGAUCUCCCUGCUACGAUAGAUUUCAUUCGUGAAAAAACAAACUCUGACAGCAUUUUAACCGUCGGCCAUUCUCAGGGAACUACAGCUCAUUUCGUGCUCACUUCAACGAGACCAGAAUACAACGACAGGAUAAAAUUAUUCGUCGCCUUAGCACCCAUAGCUUACCUUAACAACUUGGAACCACCCGUAUCCAUCGCAGCAGCAGCGGGUCCAGCUAUUGCUGUAUUGUUAAAAACGCUAAACAUCAAUGAAUUACUGGAAAAUCAUAGCGCCGCGUCAGACCUUGUAACUCUACUAUGCAGUAAGGGCGUAGUCAGUUAUCUUGCUUGUGGUUUUGGCACGCUCUUCCCAUUGGCGGGAUUUGAUCCAGCAGGACUUGAAGAAGAGUUUUUAACUGGUGUUGUUUUCGGACAUUAUCCCAGCGCGACAUCGAGGAAGAGCUUGGUACAUUAUGAUCAAAUAGUUUUGAGGGGUGAAUUCGCUCAGUAUGACUACGGAUCUAUUCAAAAUAUGGCAAAGUAUGGGAGUGUAAGUCCACCGGUCUAUAACCUGACAGCUGUGACGACUAAUGUGGCCUUGUUCGUGGGCAGCAACGAUGGGGUGUCUAAGUUGAAGGAUGUGGAACGCCUGGGGAACACACUUCCCAAUCUAGUUCACUUAGAGGUGAUGGAACUGGAACGAUGGAAUCAUGUAGACUUUGUGUGGGGAAAAGACAUCAUGUCAGAAUAUCUUUACCCACCCGUUUUAGACCUCCUAAAACAAUAUAGUAACUGA